AUGAUUCUUCGUCGGCUUGCUGUUGCGUUUCAUCAGUCAAGAAGGUUGUAUAGUAGUAACAUUAGCCAUGACCUUGCAAGCAGAAUUGCGGAGCUCAAUAAGGAAAUGGAAACGGUCUUUGGUGAACCUCCUCCAAAUGGAUUUGCUGGUUCUGUAAGUAACGAUUUCAUGGCUCAAGAAUCGCAGACAUCUUCAAAAAUAGGAGGAAGCACUCCUGUCCUGACCCAUGUUGGCAGUACAGGAGCAGCACAAAUGGUGGAUGUUUCUCUUAAAGAAAAUAGUAAAAGAACCGCCAUUGCUAGUAGCAAGGUAAUUUUGGGGAAGAAGGUAUUUGAUUUGGUCUUAGCCAACCAAUUGGCCAAGGGAGAUGUCCUUAGUGUCGCCAAAAUUGCUGGCAUUAAUGGAGCAAAGCACACCAGCUCUCUCAUUCCCCUCUGCCAUAAUAUCACCCUGACUCAUGUUCGUGUUAAUCUCACUCUGAAUGAUAAAGAUUUUAGUGUUGAUAUAGAAGGGGAAGCAGUGUCAACGGGAAAAACUGGGGUUGAAAUGGAAGCACUGACUGCUGUGACCGUGGCUGGCCUAACUGUUUAUGAUAUGUGCAAGGCUGCUUCAAAAGAUGUCCAGAUCACAGAUGUACGGCUUGAAAGUAAAAGUGGCGGGAAAAGUGGAGAUUGGUAUAGAGAGAAAUAAUGAUGCCUUCGUUGGAUAUUCGUGCUUUUAUGGGCUUUGAAUAUCAAAUAAGAGUAAGACUAACUGGUCUAUUCUUGAUGGAAUUUAAUGGCUGAAUCUACUUUUGGGUUUAGUCUUUAUAACCAUGAAGUAAGAGUCAUUACCGAAAAUGAACAAAAAACUGUAUUGAUCUCACACAUACUUCAGGAUGAACUGUUUACAUCCAAUUUGCGUCUCUGUUUUACUUCUUU